AUGACUUCCGGCAGCAACAGGGGCGAAUUUUCGGUCCACUUCAAAGAGUUCUUCGAGGGAUGCUCGCCAGAAUUCGAGCUGGCCCAUGCUGUCCCUUUCGACACGACUAUGCCUCAGUUCACUAGCACCGUCUACCCCCACCUUCGCCCCGACGCGACUUACGGCCUCGAUCCCCAGACCAUGCUCCUCAACAUCACCCCUACCACCCACGCUGACCUCUGCGGUAUGAUCACCAAUGACUUCCUUGCCCACACUCGUGUCCAAGCCGACUAUAGCAUUACAAGCAUGCGCGUCCUCAGGAACCCCCUGGUUUGGGCUCGCUACCAAGCAGAGAAGCAACUCCGACGCCAGCUGGCCGUAAGCAGGAGAGAUGCAGUCGCCCGAGAACGCGCCAAGGGCAGCACCAACGUUCACGUUCAACCUAUCUCAGCAGCCAACGAGGAAGAUCCCGAAGAGUUGUACCGAGACGAAGUCCUCUAUCAUGGAACACACCAGACGCGAGUACCCGCCAUCCUCAUUAACGGACUCGAGCCUCGGAUGACUGUGCGAGCCAAUUACGGACAAGGCGUGUAUUUCUCGGAUUCUAUUGAGAAGUGCAUGCAAUACGCCGACUACCAGACGAGUAUGGAGCAGGAGUACAGCAUCAUCCUCUGUUGCGUCCUGCUCGGCCGUGUUAUGGUAGAGCCACACGAGAAGGGCAAGCGGAAUAUGAACGCUCAAAUCAAGUUUCUGCCUCCGUCGUUCGAUUCCGCAGUCGAGAGCGAUAUCUACAGGGAAUGGAUCAUCAUCGAGAAAUCGCAGAUCCUGCCGCUGUGCGUGAUUAACUUCAAGACAGCGAACCACGCGGACUCGUUUCAUCGCCUGGGUUCCUUCCACUCAAUAUUCAAGGGUACCGGUCACUAUCCGAACAGUAUCUCGGAGAUCCAAAAGGUCUGCAAUGUCCUGGUUCCUUGCGACAACAACGCCUUCGUCAACUCCCAGGUCGCCGCUGAACAACUUCGGGAUCCUGACGCGAAUGAGGACGACAUGUUGUUCAACGUCUUCCAUAUCCCCCGUCGCAAAGCCAAGGUUCGAAAUUUUUUCAUUGGCGGCUUAAGGGAAUGGAUGUUUGCCGUGCCCGACGCGAACGGUGUGACAGUCUUGUUUUAUUUGACCGAGUCCGAGUAUACCCAACUGGUGAGCGCCUCCAAGAACAUUCAAAUACUCAGGAUUCGUCUGGACGAGGACAAGAGCAGGUCACACAAUGCUCAGAGUAUCCAGGCAUUUAUCAUCGAGUCCGAGAUCAAGCUGAUCCCCAAUGGAGCUGCAUUGGUAGAUCUGAUUACCGCCAAGUUACCCGAGAUUGUGCAGGUCGAGUCCCAGGGUCAUGAGAUUGUUGCGCUCAUCGAGAAGUUGAAGGCGGACGCGGUUCAGGCUGGAGGGCAGAUGUAUCUCUCAACCCCACAGUUUCUCCAGGCGAUUCAACCGCACCAGGCUAGGCGCGCGGAGCUCGAGGCGAAGUAUAGCGCUCUCAAGGCUUUGUUCCUGGGCUGGACUCCACACCAAUUUGGCAUGGGAAAACGAGUGGUAGAGCAGCUGAGGCCUGGCCUCGAGAAGGGUAUCCAGGAGAAUUAUGCGCGUGCUGAGCGUCAGGCGGCGGCGAUCGAGUCAGAGAGAGGGCGCAUUCUUAAUCAGGCCAGGAUGAUGGUCAAGCCUCUCACGGAGCAACAGGCACAGGAGCGGCUGGUGAAGUCGAAGGUGGAACGCGCGUUUGCGGAUAGGCUCGGCCGCAAGGAGGAAUUUGUCAUGAAGUCCGUCGAGGUCGAAACAAGUCGGACGAGAACUUGGCCCCUUAUCGUUGCAGAGCUCCUGAUGCCCGUGAUCAUGAUCAACCAGCUCAAACUGGAGACCACAAAGCAUCUGAACGAUACCAACUGGGUGAAUCAGGACCAUCGGAUCCGCAGCGUCCUGGCCCUGCCGCAUGCCAAGGAGUGGUGGGAUGUCGCUCCGGAAGUCGUCUUUGGAGGCCCGACGCCACAUCACUCUUUUUGGCCGAUCAACCCGCGCAAGAGACUCCCCAACCAGUCAUUUUUCCAGUUCAAGGAUUAUCUGGAUUGGAUGUUCCAGGAGAAGGAGAGCCGAUUCCGUCGUUUCAACCAGCGCCCUAACACUUCAGGAACAAUAGGAUCAGGAUCAGCGGGAGCUUCGAUCCAAGAACAAUGGGACGGUGUAGAUCCUGGGGUGGUUCAGGCGACCUGCCAGUUGUCAAGUCGCUUUGGAUUAGUGGAUUUUAACCGCGAGAUCCGACAGGCGGAACUGGGUAGGAUGGGCACGGAUCUGAUUGGGGACCUUAUGAUGCCAGCUGAACCACAUAUGCUCCUGCAGGACGGUGUGAGCUCCUCCGCCGGCGCAAACGCGGAGUGUCCCAUCUGCCAGGACGAACUUGUCAUCUCAGGAUCUGGCUCCGACAGCGUGAUCAAGCUCAAGUGUUGCCGUCAUUGCUUCCACGAAGCAUGCAUUGCCGAGUGGUUCAAGUCAAAGGACGCCCAGCUUAAAUGUCCCAUGUGCAACGUCAUGUGCACUAGUGAGGCCAAAUCGGGUGCAGCCAAGAGGGCAUUGCUCGGUCCUCAGAAGCUUGGCCCUAUGCCGGAUGGAACUUUGGGCUACUUCUUUGAUGUUCGACUUUGUUGUUACUUUAUUUACAUUGUGAUGCCCUCCCACACGAUUUCUGAACCGACGCCCACCAACCCCCGCGCAACAGUGACCAUCCCGGCCGAUGUUCGCUACGCCAUCGUCCCCUUUACCUCCCGCCUCGGCCCUUUGUUGAUGAUGAGAAUUUUGACGCUCUUCUAUUACGGACACCUUUUCAAGGUCGGUCAGUCGUUGACAAGAGGAAUGAACAAUGUAGUGGUCUGGAAUGGUGUCCACUUGCGGACGUCGAUGUCAGGACACUUUGGGUUCCCAGCACCCAACUGGGAGAUGAACUGCUGGACAGAAAUCAACCAAAAGGGCAUUGGAAUGGGGCUUGAUGAGAUUGUACUUGGUAUUCCCGCUGCAGACGGACGGAUCACACAGACAGGAUCGGCGAUUGCAGCACAGGCGGCGGCAGCAGGAAUCGCCAUCCCCGAGACUCUUGCUGCAGAGAUGGAGGCUGAGGAACUUACCCAGAAACUCUUUGAUCAGGACCAGCCCUUUCUCUUUCGGCUCUGA